AUGAGUAAGAAUAAUAGAGUAGAUAGUCUAAAAUUUCACAAUUAAAUCCAGACUUUUUUUCAGCAUUAACAGCAUAGAGGAAGGAUUUCAUAUCAAAGUAUUGACUAGAUCGAAAAUCAAUAUUUUGAUUUAAAAAUAUGGUAUACUGAACUUUUCUAUGUAGCUUAAUUGGUUGAGUAUUAUGAUUUUCACAAAGACCCUAUUAAAAACUAUUUCCUUGAUAAAAUUUAGUUUGUGCUUUCUCGAUCAGAUAAAAUAAAAUCUAUGGUAUAGCAAAAAAUAUCUUAAGAGGAAGAGGAAUAAUUGUGUUACAUUAAGCUUUAAACUCCUAAAUAUUUGACUGUUUCUAGAACCUCUUCAAUUACUGAAUUAAUAGAUCGCGAAAAUGUUCUAAUAGGACUUGAGCUUAAUGAAAACCAUUAGAAAUCAAGAGGAUAACAAAUGAACUUGACUUUAUAAAUUUAGAUGCAUAAGAAAGAGCAAGAACCUUCUUUGGAUAAAUUAAUGUCUGAUUAUAAAUCAGAGACUGAAAGAAUGGAUCAUUAUAGAAAAUCAGAAAUGAAAAUUUAAGAUGAAGCUGUUAAAUUCAAAUUAGAAUAAAGACGGAAGAAAUUAAUUAACUAGUAAAAUAGGAUUUUUAGAACAGAAGCUUCUGAUGAUGAAUCAACUCCUUAAUUGCAUCACUUGAUUGAAAUUUAUCUACAGAUUUCUUACAAAUAUAAUUGCUCCUAUGUUUACUCAAAUUAUUUUGUAAAGAAAACUAAGAUUGUAUCUUGGACCUCAGAUAAAUUAUUUUGUAAAAAUGUUUUUUGA